GGCAUUAGGUUCCAAGAUCUUGAAAGCCUAGGAAGAGGGAUGGCUAGGGAGUUUAGAUUAUGUUAAGCCCUACCUUUAUUCUGUGGAAUGUUGGCUAUCCCUUGUGCACUCGGCUCUGUCAUCAUUAUUGCAUUCAUUACUUGGCGAGUGACAAAGGGCCGCCAAGUAACUAAAUUGGAAUAUAACAGAAGCUGUUGCCGGUGUCACCGGAAACUCAAACAAAGAGCUAAUGAUAUACCAUCAAGAGCUAGGGGGUGUUCCAGGAAAGAAGCUGAGAAGCCGAGGGAGCUGCUCUCUGUCAUGAAAAGCCAGGACUGGUUUCCUCGGGAGGGAGGAGUGCGGCGGCUCCUGUGUGCGGAUCCCUGCUGCAACACCUGCAAUGCUGUGGCUCUGGACAUCAAGCAUCUGCUGGAGGGGCAGGGACUUCAAGUACCAAACGUGUCUGGUGACACAGGAGCUCUGUCUUCAAGUCUGGAGGCGACUCGGACUGCUGUGAGCCAAGAGGACAAGAAGAGUGACACACCACGUGCUCUGGAGAAACAAGCCCAUAUCAACGUCCUUUUUCCAACUCUGGCCAACCGUGACGAAGCCCUGGAGAGGUGCCUGCUGCAAAGACGCCUCCAGCAUCAGCGGGGCUUGCCAGCUGCUGUCCAGAGACCGCUGUAGAUGCAGAGGGCAGUGCUACAUAGGCCCUGAGACAUGCUGCAAUCUGUCCAGAGACCCAGGGGCCCUUCCAAUUUGGGGCUGCUCCAGAGGGAGAAGCUGCAAAAGCUGCCAUGGGAAAUAAGAUGAAGCAUUUGCAACACUGAGGUAAAAGGGCGAGGGCAUAAAGAACCCACUCUUGGCUCCAAGGAUGAGACAGCAGCUAAUCCAUGACAAAAAAGAUAGAGAAGAGACUGGCCUCCACCAAAGACCCAGUGAGGGAAACUAGGUCGGAGAAGACCACAGAGGAGGGGGGCAUGAUCUGCUUUGAUGCUCCAGCAACUUACCCUGCCUUCCAGCACCUCCCAGCUCCUGUGCCUUUCCCAAAGCGUCUCCAAGCCCUGGCCUCACCUGACUCGUACCACUCAGUCAGGAAAUCCACCCCAGGAUUUCUCCGCUCUCACCUCAAAAGAAAGCACUGAUCUCCACAAGAAUACCCAGUGCAGGAAAAAGGAGUUCAAAGGUCCCCAAGCCUCUGCAUCCGGUAAAAAAAGGCUGUCAUCAUUUCCACUAAAGUGCAGGUGAGGCAGAACCCUCUCCAAAUACACUCCAUACUUCUAAGCAAAGAACCACCUGUG